AUGAAUUCAAGCACAAGACAUCAUUUUCGGGAAGAAGUUAUGCGAAUAUCGGCGUCAGAACAGACCUUUUUGGGCCAAAUCGUGUACCUGUUAGACGCCAGCGAUCCUCGCCUGGCAGACCCUCCGUCCUGCGUCGCGACUGCCGCCGUCUCGUAUUCGCCGGUCGCCUCAUUCGGCGUCGUCAUCGCGACCGACCGGAUGAGUUCGCCGAGCAAUGGUCCGGUCGGCCGGAAGACGGCCGGGCGCAGCGCCAAUCUGGCCAGCCUCGUGGAUUCCGUUUGGCCACUGGCUCGACUCUCCGGUCCCCUCGAGACUCGAGAGGUCUGCUGGCCCGCCGAUGCCGGUCCGUCCGACGGCGUCGGCUGGGCCAGGCUGGAGCAGACGAGCAGGACAGACUCGUCGUCAUCGUCGACGUUCGAGCUCGCGAGUUGGUCAGCGAGUAGCGACCAGGCGGAGUGA